GUUUCUUUGUACCCGUUUUCUAGUACGGAAACCUAAAUUCGGAGAAAGUUGAUUUGGCAUUUUGGCGCGGGGGAGAAGCAACCGUUUUAACGGAGAAAAUCGCUUUGAAAGAAACCCUAAUUCUCCGGCAAUCUCAUUCUGAGAGAAAGCCUAGAAAAGGGUAGCGCUCUAAAACCCUAAUUUUCCAGUGCUCGAAUGGUGGAAGAGAAAGGAGGGGAAGAAAAUAGCAGGUCGGGUUCAGCAGCUCCUGCUGACGCUGCUGAUCCUGAAAACGGUGCUCGUUCGUCUCUACCCCCACGAAAGAGACUCCUCGGUAUGAAGCAAGAUGGACGGGCUUCUCCGGAUUCUGCUUGUUCGGAUACUGCAGACCGGUUGAGAAAGAAAACCAGAAAUUUGCCGAAUUUCUCUGAUUGCCAUGGCUGUGGUGCUCGGGUGACUAACAAAGGCAAGGAUAAGCUCCUAACCCUAGAUAGCGAGUGGCGUAUUGUUCUUGUUUGUAAGACUUGUUUUAGCGGUAUAAAAUCUGCGGAAAUUUGCUCGUAUUGUCUUAACAAAGUGUCUGAGAAGGGAGUCGAUUGUGGCAAGUGUCAACGCAGAGUUCACAAAGAUUGUAUUUUGAAGUAUCAAGGGUUUGGUUCAUAUUCUAAUUCGUUUUCUAAUUUUUUUACGUGCAUUGAUUGUUGGGUUCCAAGAUCACUUUCCAAUUCGAAUGGUACCUGUAGGAGUGGAAACCCUACUGGAGAUAGCAAGGUUGUGUCGGAUGCUUGUUCCAUGGGGAGUUCUAGGGUAUCGGCUGUUAGGGUUUGUUCCAAGUCGUUGGAGGAUGUCGUGAAUGAGGCAAAUUCUGUUGUGGAUAAGAAAAUUGCUGCCGCUGUUGUGGCCAGAGAGAAGGCUCUAAAGAAAGCUGUGGUAGCAAGAAGAGCUGCCGAGUUGGCAAAGGAUGCAUUGGAUUUGGCUAUGGUUGUUGCAGGACAAGAGGAUGGAGUCAAGGAUUCUCCAGUGAGUUGUGCUUCGGUUGUUGAUGAUGCAGAAUUAGCAUUCCAAUUGCAUCGGGCAAUUAACAGCUCCCCUAGGAUUUCCAAGAACUUGUGCUCAGUCAAUACAGAAUGUUGGGUUCCACCAAAGAUAUGGCACUGUACUAGUAAUUCGUUACAUAAGAUAUCUGAUUCUGGAAGUCCUAGUGUUUGUGGAAAGCUUGAAGUUUGUACUGCUAACAAGUUAUUUGAGAACCCAGACAGAACUAUUUCAGAGCCAUCAGUUUGCAUUGACACAUUGGAUAAGGAUUCGGUUAUUGAUUUGGGUGCUUUAAGGGCAAACAGAAAGAUGUACAGGACAAGUUCUCAAGAUGAGGAAUGCAAAGUAAAUGAGGAGGGUGGUAAAGUGGUAAGUUAUGAUAGAGAAUUGGAAGGACAUCAUGUAAAGAAACCUGAUAGUGAAGAUGAUAAAGUGACACUGCAUAUGGAGGAAGAGGCAAGCUGUUCUAAUAAGUUAAUUACUUCCAUUGGCGACGACAACAGUAUAAACUCUCCACCACAAUCUUGUCAGAAGCAAGCUGAGUUGGAAUAUAAGGUUGCUGCAGAUAAUAGCAAUACCCAUUAUCAAUUGGCAUGUGGUGGAAAUAGUUCUGCACUGCAAAAGAACAGUUUUGGUGAAUCUGAUCGAUAUUUUAUAAAGUAUAGCAAGAGACACUCAAGCUUAAAAGCUGUUCUAAGUCGAAAAGCCAAGUUUCUUUAUGAAGAUUUCCCCAUUGAAAGUGAGGCUUCAGCUCCUGAGCUACCUCUUUUACCACUGAACUGCUCCAAGGCAUCUAGGACCUUUUCUGAUGCUUCUUUCCAAACUCCUUCAGUUCCUCUGCAAGCUUCUGCAUGUGCAAGUGGCCCAUCUGGAAAGCUGUCUUAACCAUCGCAAGGUAUAUCAAGUUACGUUGGUCUUACCUCCAACUAGAAGUGAAGCAAACGAGAAAUUACAGGAUAUACAAUAUAAUUGUUCACAUUCUGGCAAAACAAUUCUAUUUGCUUAUUGUAUAUACCGUUCAGAAUAAAGUAGGAUGUUCAUGGACUUUUCAAGGUGACUGAAGGAUCUCAAAGCCUGAAAUCUUUUUCAGUUGGAUGUAUGGUAAGGAUUUUUAGUUUUCUUUGCCAGGUAUCUAGUUUCAUUGUGCAUUCA